AUGGCAGCGCAAGAAAACUACUUUAUUGGUAUUGAUGUAGGGACAGGUUCUGCUCGUGCAGCUAUCAUCGAUAUGCAAGGCCAUCUUGUCAGUAUAGAUGUGCAGCCAAUUUUAUUACAUAAUCCCAAACAUGAUAUUUAUCAGCAAUCUUCGGACAAUAUCUGGUUUAGUAUUGUACGCUGUGUUCAUACUAUUAUGGAGAAAACAAAACUUAAGUCGGAUCAAAUCAAAGGUAUUGGUUUUGAUGCUACUUGUUCCUUAGUUGUGUUGGAUAAAAACGGUAGUCCUCAAUCUGUGGAUGAGUCGAGCCAAUUCUCAAACAAUGAUUAUAAUAUCAUUUUAUGGGCAGACCAUCGAGCGAUCAAUCAAGCCAACCGCAUCAAUGCUACACAUCACCCAGUAUUGCGCUAUGUAGGCGAUACAAUCAGUCCUGAGAUGGAAACACCUAAGACAUUGUGGCUGAAAGAGACUUUGCCUGCAGAGAAAUGGGAUCAUAUUGGUCAUUUGAUGGAUCUACCUGACUUUCUGACUUGGCGUGCAACAGGAUCAACCACCAGAUCAACAUGUUCAUUGACAUGCAAGUAUUCCUAUUUGCCCCGUUUAGUAGGCCAAGGAUGGGAACCUAGCUUUUUUGAAGAGAUUGGUUUGGGUUGCUUGAUAGAUGAAGAAUUUUCUCGUAUGGGAGGUCAAGAAACACUCGAAGCAGGUGAUCCUGUAGGUUAUGGAUUGACAGCACAAGCAGCUGAGGAAUUAGGCUUGUUACCCGGCACACCUGUUGGGUCUGCUAUCAUUGAUGCCUAUGCAGGUGCAAUUGCCACAUUAGGCGCAACAGCUAAUGUUAAGGAAAAAGAAGCGAUGCUUGCUGGACUCAAGGUGCAUGGACCAAGUCGUUUAGCUAUCAUUAGUGGCACAUCAAGCUGUCACAUUACCAUGUCUCCUGAACCCAUUUUUGUACCUGGUGUUUGGGGUCCUUAUCGAUCUGUAAUGGUGCCUGAUAUGUACUUUGCGGAAGGCGGCCAAUCGUCCACUGGUCAAUUAAUUGACUUCAUCGUCAAUUCUCAUCCUGCUUUGUUGGAGGCACAACAAAAAGCUCAAGAAGCUUCUCUCAAUUUGCACGCUUUCUUAAGCCAGCAUUUAGUGACGUUACAAAAGCAGCGCAAGCUUACCUACUUGGAUAACCUUACACAGCACUUACAUAUCUAUCCUGACUUUCAUGGCAAUCGAUCCCCUCUAGCAGAUCCAUCCUUACGUGGUACAGUUGUGGGUAUCUCGCUCGAUAAAAGCAUUGACGACUUAGCCUGUAAAUAUUUGGCUACAUUACAAGCAAUUGCAUGUCAAACUCGACACAUUAUCGAGACAUUGAAUGCGCAAGGAUACACUAUUGAUACAUUGUGUAUGUCAGGUGGUCUUUGUAAGAGUUCAUUGUUUAUGCAAAUCUUGGUAGAUGCUACUCAAUGCCGCAUCAUUAUGCCAGAGUCUAUUGAAGGUGCUGUUGUAAUCGGUGCCGGAUUUCUAGGUGCCAAGGCUUCUGGCCUUAUUUCCAACGAUUUAUGGAAUAUAAUGGUGCAAAUGGGGAAAGCAGGAACCACCGUGUUACCCAACAAGGAUGAGAAAAUCGAGCAGAUUUAUUCACGUCGCUAUCAAGUAUUUUUGGCCAUGUUAGAAGACCAAAAAAAAUAUCGCAAGCUAAUGGCGGAGUGUGAAUAA